ACUACCGCAGGUGUCGCCCAACAGAAGCUGCUCGAUGUAAUUGGACUUGGAAAGAAUAUAACUCAGCAAAGAAUUCACAAAAACUUUGAAACUGCAACCGCAUCUUACACAAAUGUAAUACUCACUACGAGCGCUAGGGACGGUAGUGUCUUAUUCCCUACAUCGUUACAAAUAAAUGAUAAUGUUAACAAGCCCGCCGGUCAUCUGAAGUUUCUCUUUAACGAGGAUUGCGGUUUUGUGAACUGUGGUUACCGACAGCGACAGUCACACUAUAGCUUCUGUGACAAGACUCGAUUCGUUCAGCACACGGCACGACAUGAGCGCUUUGACACACUAAUAGGCGAAGACUUUCAGCAAUAUCCCUGUAAUCAAACGCGCGGUUUUAGAAACUGUGCCUACCAACGGAAUAAAGAGUCUGAUAACACCAACUUUGGUACAAACAGAAAGUCGCAUUUUCAUUAUUUGAAAUGCUCAUUUAUUUGCACUGGGUCUAAUAAAGUAGUGGCACAUCGUCGCCUGCAUAAUAAAUUUGAUUAAAUACGAUCAGCAGAGUUCGGUAAGGUGCUAAAUACAGGGAACAGUACUCAGUGUUGUGCGGCUUUGAGUGUAGGUGGCCCUGAUAUAGAUUACACAAGAACUGGUGACGGGGUGUAUGAGAGUUUGAAGGAUACAUCUUUGGCAGUUACAAGUAGCUGUAUAUAUGAGUACAACAAGAAAUUUACGCAUUUUCAUUGUCUUUUGUGCGGUUGUGGCGUGGUGUCGCCCUCUCAAAUGUCAGCGCAUCGGCAGAAAUCGUGUCAUACUGUACUUAAACAUGCGAAAUCGUCAGAAGACAUUGUAGCUGUUACCUCAAUAGUAGCAGCAACAGAAACUAACAUAGAUCAGCUGCGGUAG